AUGGAAGUUGUUCCGGCAUGUUUUUUGAUUGUGUUAGUGAGUUUGUUGUGUGUGGAAUCCAAGUACAUAAAGUAUAAUACAAGUUCAGGCAUUGUUCCGGGGAAGAUUAAUGUCCACUUGGUGGCUCAUACACAUGAUGAUGUUGGUUGGUUAAAGACUGUUGAUCAGUACUAUGUGGGGUCUAACAAUUCCAUUCAGGGAGCUUGUGUUCAAAAUGUGCUGGAUUCUAUAGUGCCUGCAUUGUUGGCUGAUAAGAAUAGGAAGUUCAUAUAUGCUGAACAGGCCUUUUUCCAGCGUUGGUGGAGAGAUCAGAGUGAGGAAGUACAAAAUGUAGUCAAGCAGCUUGUCAGCUCGGGUCAGCUUGAGCUAAUAAAUGGAGGUAUGUGCAUGCAUGAUGAGGCAGCUCCUCAUUAUAUUGACAUGAUUGAUCAAACAACUCAGGGGCAUCGAUUCAUCAAGGAAGAAUUUAAUGUGACUCCAAGAAUUGGUUGGCAAAUUGAUCCCUUUGGACAUUCUGCAGUGCAGGCUUACCUGUUGGGGGCAGAGGUUGGAUUUGACUCCUUUUUCUUUGGAAGGAUUGACUAUCAAGAUAGAGCUAAACGAAAAGGCGAUAAGAGUCUCGAGGUUGUCUGGCGAGGCUCCAAAAGCCUUGGUUCAUCUGCACAGAUUUUUGCUGGUGCAUUCCCUCAGAAUUAUGAACCUCCAAGUAACUUGUACUUUGAAGUUAAUGACGAUUCCCCUAUUCUCCAGGAUAACCUCGAUUUGUUUGACUACAAUGUCGCUGAGCGAGUGAAUGAGUUCGUAUCAGCUGCAAUGGAUCAAGCUAACAUAACUCGGACGAAUCAUGUGAUGUGGACUAUGGGGACAGAUUUCAAGUACCAGUAUGCUCACACUUGGUACAAGCAAAUGGACAAGUUCAUUCAUUACGUGAAUCAGGAUGGGCGUGUCAAUGCCCUAUACUCAACCCCAUCAAUAUACACCGAUUCAAAAUAUGCAACAAAUGAGUCCUGGCUGCUUAAGACUGACGAUUUCUUUCCAUAUGCAGACAUUGUAAAUGCUUAUUGGACUGGAUUUUUUACGAGUAGGCCAGCCCUCAAAGGCUAUGUUAGAACGAUGAGCGCCUACUAUUUGGCAGCAAGGCAAUUGGAGUUUUUCAAGGGAAGGAGUAAAGCAAAACCCAACACAGAUUCUCUGGCUGAUGCUUUAGCGCUUGCACAACAUCAUGAUGCAGUUAGUGGCACAUCGAAGCAGCACGUCGCUAAUGAUUAUGCCAAACGGCUUGCAAUAGGAUACACGGAGGCUGAGGAGGUAGUUGGAGCAUCACUUUCCUGUAUUGCAGAUCAGUCAACAUCAAAAGGUGGUUGCAUGAGUCCAGCGAACAAGUUCCAACAGUGUCCCCUUCUGAAUAUAAGUUACUGCCCUCCAUCAGAAGUUGACCUCUCUGGUGGAAAAAGCCUGGUGGUGGUUAUAUACAAUUCUCUGGGAUGGAAAAGAGAGGAUAUUAUAAGAAUUCCUACACCAAUGCUUCUGGGUGAAAGAUGGCUUACUAAUUUUGAGAUCUCUGAAUGCUCUAUGACCUCCAGCCUGCCUAAGUUGAUGCAGGUAAUUAAUGAGAAAGUCUCUGUUAAGGAUGCUGGGGGAAAAGAAAUUGAAUCACAGCUUUUGCCUCUGCUGAAUGCCUCUUUAGGCGUAAGAAACUACUAUUCAAAGGCGUAUUUGGGUAUGGCCUCAAAUGUAAUCCCCAAGUACUGGCUUGCAUUUUCAGCAUCUGUACCACCUCUUGGUUUCAACACCUAUAUUAUUUCCAGUUCUAGCUCAACUGCCAACCGAGCAGCUUCUACUUCAAGGCAAGUAUAUGACACAAAAGCGAUUCAAAAUGAUAAAGUUAGGAUAGGACCAGGAAACUUGAAAUUGAUCUAUUCCGGAAAAGGAAAACUUACUCAGUAUAUCAACAGCAGAAGCUCGUUCACUUCUAAGUUGUUUGAGUCUAAAUUGAAGGUCAAGGCAUCUGUGGAACAAUCAUAUAGCUAUUAUGCUGGAGAUGAUGGAAGCAAGGAUGAACAGGCCUCUGGAGCAUACAUCUUUCGACCAAAUGGCACAUAUUCUGUCAACUCCGAAGGACAGAUAACCAGAGUAUACAAGGGAAAGGAGCAUGCUGAAGUUGAGUUCACUGUUGGACCAAUACCGAUUGACGAUGGAAUCGGCAAAGAGGUUGUAACAAAGAUCUCAACAAUGGUGAAAAACAACAAAAAGUUUUAUACAGAUUCUAGUGGGCGUGAUUUCAUAGAAAGGAUUCGAGACUACAGAAAAGACUGGGAGCUGCAAGUGAACCAACCUAUUGCAGGAAAUUAUUAUCCAAUUAAUCUUGGGCUUUAUAUGCAAGACAACAGUUCAGAGUUCUCCAUUUUAGUGGAUCGAUCUGUGGGGGGGUCAAGUAUUGUGGACGGGCAGUUGGAACUAAUGCUCCACAGGAGGUUACUUUUUGAUGAUGGCAGAGGUGUUGGAGAGGCACUAAAUGAAACAGUCUGUGUUCUUGAAGAUUGCAGAGGAUUGACCAUUGUAGGAAAGUACUUCCUAAGAAUAGAUCCGUUAGGGGAGGGUGCCAAGUGGCGUCGAUCAUAUGGUCAAGAGAUAUAUUCUCCCUUGCUCUUAGCCUUCACAGACCAGAAUGGAGAUGGUUGGACUAACUCUCAUGUAGCAACCUUUUCCGCAAUGGACCUCUCUUAUGCUCUACCUGACAAUGUUGCGAUAAUAACCCUCCAGGAGCUGGAUGAUGGAAAAGUUCUCCUUCGGUUAGCACACUUAUAUGAGGUUGGGGAGGACAAGGAUCUGUCAGUUAUGGCAAGUGUAGAACUGAAAAAGGUGUUCCCGAAUAAGAAGAUUAACAAAAUAAUCGAGACCAGUUUAUCUGCCAAUCAAGAAAGAGUAGAAAUGGAGAAGAAGAGGCUAGUCUGGAAAGUAGAAGGCUCUUCAGGGGAAGAAGCUAAGGCAGUGAGGGGAGGACCUGUGGAUCCAACAGCACAAAAUCAAAGUACGUGGAACACAACAUCUAAAAUAGUUCCUGGCAAGCUUAACGUCCAUUUGGUGCCUCACACACAUGAUGAUGUUGGCUGGUUGAAGGCAGUUGACCAGUACUAUGUUGGUUCUAAUAACUCAAUUCAGGCGUUUUUCAAGCGUUGGUGGAGAGACCAAGGUGAGAAAACUCAAGCCAUAGUCAGGGAACUUGUUAACUCCGGUCAACUUGAAAAUGGGGUUAUGUGUAUGCAUGAUGAGGCCUCCCCACAUUACAUUGACAUGAUUGAUCAGACAACCCUAGGUCAUCUGUUUGUGAAAAAAGAAUUUAAUGUUACUCCAGGAAUUGGUUGGCAAAUUGAUCCUUUUGGACAUUCUGAAGUUCAGGCUUACCUGUUAGGAGCAGAGGUUGGAUUUGACUCUCUUUUUUUCAGUCGAAUCGACUACCAAGAUAGAGCUAAAAGAAAAAAUGAUCAGAGCCUUGAGUUUAUCUGGCAGGGACCUAAGAGUCUUGCUUCAUCAGCCCAGAUAUUUUCUGGAGCAUUUCCUGAGAAUUAUGCACCUCUGAAAAAUUUCGAUUAUGAAGUUAACAGCGAUUCUCCUAUUGGUCAGGAUGACAUUGACUUGUUUGACUACAAUGUCUCUGAUCGUGUCAACGAGUUUGUAUCUGCUGCACUUUCACAAGCUAACGUAACUCGUACGAAUCAUAUCAUGUGGACAAUGGGGGAGGACUUCAAGUAUCAGUAUGCUCACACAUGGUUCCUGCAGAUGGAUAAGUUAAUCCACUACGUUAAUCAAGCAGAGGAGGUUGUUGGAGCAUCACUUGCUCGCAUGGCUGAGCCAAGAAUAGCAUCUGACAGCAUGAAACCAAUGACUAAAUUUCAACAGGCAAGUAAAGAAUGA